AGCAGCCUGAAACUAUAAAUACGUCAUUUCAAAUUUGCCAUUCGUGUUCAAAAUUUUUAACCGUUCAUUCAAUCGCAUAGAGAGGCGGAGACUGAAGAGUGAGAGAUGAGUUUUCUUGCGGGAAGAUUAGCAGGAAAAGAGGGUGCGUAUUUUUUCCAGGAAUCCAAACACGCUGUAAGCCGGCUUGCUCAGAAAAACACAACCCAAAACAAUCCUACUCCUCUGCCCGGUCCUUCUUCUUCUAGUGCAGCUCACCAAGAAGCCUAUGCGGACGUGCUCCCUGAGGUGCUGAUGCAUUCUCUGCCCUCCAAGAUUUAUUACCAGUCCUCGGAUUCCUCGUCUCUAUCCACCUCCAAGUGGGUUCUUCAUUCGGAUCCCAACAAAAGGUCCUCUUUGUCUGCUGAGGCUCUCAACCCUCUCAGGGCUUAUCUAUCUCUGCCCCAGGUCACCUUUGGCCCCAAAAGGUGGGAAUUGCCCCAGGUCGAACACUCCGUUUCAGCCUCAACAGCAAAUGAGUCGCGUCAGGACAGGCCCCCUAUUAAUCCUGAGAAGUUGAAGGCUGCAGCUGAGGGUCUUAAACAAGUUGGUAAGGCAUUUGCUGUUGGUACUGCUAUUGUAUUUGGAGGUGCUACCUUGAUAAUUGGACUGGCAGUCUCGAGGCUAGAGCUGCUCAAUAGUGAUGACAUUCGAAUGAGAGGAAGAGACCUGGUGGAGCCGAAAUCUGAGAUGAUUAAGGAGCAACUGGUUCCCUUAAAAGCCUGGGCUGAUGAUAUGUCAAAGAAAUGGCAUUUGGAAAGGGAUAAAGAUAUUAAAGAAAAGCCUAUCAUAAAAGAGCUUUCCAAGAUUUUAGGUGCAAAGACAUCCAAUUGAUUUUUUCUUUUGUGCAAGUGGUUGUACUCUUUGCUCUGGUUGCAAGGCUUGUAGAGGCGAGCAAAGGGGAAAAUAAUGCACAGAUACUUCUAUGUUGUGCGAAUGGAUUAGCCGCCUGGGGUAUGUUGUUGUACACUGUAUAUAAGUACAAUGACAAUACCACACUUAAGUGACAGAAGACUAGUCUGCUAACAUUUUUGCAUUUUUGGUUACUCAAUAUCCAGAUUUCAGUUAAAUGAUAAUAUCACUGUACAAGAUAUAAAAUAAAUAAUAAAAUCUGUAUUUUUCUAUUA